ACGAGAGCACACCGACACACUUGUAAAGGGGAAGUUGUUUUUUUAAUAUACAAUUCACUCUGUGUAGUGCUUAGUUUUGUAUUACUCUACUUCUGGGUGUGAGUCGUGUGCUAUUUGGGAUAUACUGAGUCAUGAUUGUUGAACUCUAGAAACUCUGCCAUGAAGAUCUUCAUUGCCACUCUGCUGGUUGCUUACGCCACUGCGCAGUUAAGCAUCCCUCGCCAGGAGCUUGGAUUCGUCUACAAAGAUGGACGCUCUAGCGCCUCGGUAAAACUGGCUUCCUACAUAGACCUGACCUGCCCUGACUCCCAAGCGGCCUUCCCCACCUUGCUACAGGUGGCCGACUCCUUCAGCGGCGAGGACGUCCAGCUGAAGUUUUACUUGUUCUCACUGCCUUACCACCGCAACAGCCAUCUCAUCUCCAAGGCCACCCGCUUCCUGGACGGCUUCGCCAAGAACUCUACUGCCAACGCCACCGUCUUUGAUUGGAUCAAAGCCAUCUACAACAACAUCGACUCCCUGACCACAACGGCCACAUUGAACAGCACCGAGAUUCAGGUGUUUGACUUUCUGACCAACCUCGCCAAGACGCUCUUCCCAGUCAGUGCUGACCAGUUUAAAAAAGGGGCUUACAGCGCUGACAUUGACAGUGUCACUAGGCUGGAGUGGAAGUACGGCUGCACCAGGGGCGUCUACGGCACCCCUUUGUUCACCGUCAACGAUGUCUUCGUGAACGCCGACCCAACAUGGCCGGCCUCCAAGUGGAUCGAGCUCAUUAAAAGUGUGUUGCCUAGCAACAGGUCUAGCGCGCAACAGUUGCUGAUUGGACGGAAUCUCAAAUAAACCCUACAAUUAAAAAUUUGACUGUAAUUUAUUAUUAUGUUUUUAUGUUAAUUCUAUUAAUUUUAAUUAAUGCAUGAGGGAUACACUGUGAAAAAAAGAAUGACAUGCAUUUUUUUUGUUUCAAUAAAUAUUUGUGAUGGUUUUACAAUUUCAAGUGUUCAGUAAUUGUCGUUAAGUCAUUGAGGUACUUCAUCCAUUUUAUAUUAUUCUCAUCCUAUUAAAUUUUGUUUUAUUUCUUUAGGAAGUAACUUCCUGCAUCCCGUUUUUUUUUUUAAAUCAGGGGGAGAUACUCUUACGCAUGCGGCUCUUCACUUGGUAGUUAUCUUCCUCCAAGAAAGAACGUUUGUAAAUUAUAAGACGUUUUAGAGUUAAUAAGUUAACUCUUUCUCUCCGUCAAUAUUUUCCACGCUCCGACGGAAUUAUUCAUUUUUCUCUUUUGUGUUUUACAACGUUGUCAUGAUUAAACUUCAAUUAGUUUUUUGUCUGGAAUAGGGAAAUCAUAGACAUAAAUAAAUAUAGACUGGAAGUAGGAAGUUAUUUUUAUUUGGGGGAAGUCAAAUAUGUUUUAUGUACUCUAUCUAUGUGAAAAAAAAAUGGCGGCAAUUGAGCUAUAAAUUCUAGGACUAACAUUUCAGCCAAUAUAUAAUUAUGAUCUUUAGUUUUGAAAAGUACAAAACUGCCAUAUUCCCAAUAUUUUGCAUUUGUUUCAUAAUCAUAGACAUAGGCAAAUAUAUAUAGGUUUGUGAUGUGGAUCUAUGUUUGUUGACAUGGCUUCUUUAUUAAUGUAUGGCGGUCGUCUUAUCGAUUCAAAUUGUUAGAAUUAGUUUUUAGUCUAAAAAGUCAAAGAAAAUGAGCAGAACGUGCUCUAAUGAUCGUAGUACGAUAGGCCAAGGAUAAAUUCUAAAGGUUGAAAAAAAAAAUGAAUAUUAUACACAGUAACUUUCAGUUUCAGUAAGUCAGAAUAAUUCAGUAUCACUCAAAUCACUGUGACUGUGACUAAUUUAAUAUUGAUAGAUCUAAAUCUAAAAAAUAUGACUAAUAUUUGUAAUAACUAGGUCUAAUACUUUUCAUACUUUUUACUACUAACUAUUAAACUAGUCAGUCUAUCAUCUAUGCAUGCAGACUAUAGACUAGAUCUAGUAUAAGUCUAGAUUAUAGAUCUAGUGACAAUCUAGUCCUAGACUAUUUAUAUACUAACUAUAGACUAGACUAUAUAUACAGAUUACAAGUAUAGUUUAUAGUAUAGUAGUAUAGUACUAGUAGUAAGUAGUAUUUUUUUACUAUAGUAUUUAUAUAGACUAGAUCUAAAUCUAGUAUUUAAAACUAUUUAUAAUUAUUUUAAUUAUAGAUUUGGUAGGCACGUUUAGAGAUAUAAUAAUACAGAAGGGGUUCUAUCAAUUAUAUAGGUUAUGGCUGAAAAAAAAACUAUAAAUACUUUUAAUUUUACACUGCUCAUAACUGCUGUAAAACUCAUACAAACUUAUCUUUUCCCAAAUGUUUCCCAUAAUAAUUUUUACUUUAUCGUCCAGUCUAUAUAUAUAUGUCUAUGAGGGAAAUGCUAUAUUAGCUACAUAAGUAUAGAAAAAUGCAUGUUCUUUUUAUUUUUUUUUAGCACAAAUUUAAGUUUAUAAACUAAAAAUGUAUUUUUUAAUGGGGGUCAAAUCAGCGUUGUCAUCUUCAGUUAGGAGAGAAAGAGUUAAUAUAGUGUGUUUGUCAUCCGCUAUGAUCAUUGCAAGUUGAUGCUUGUUUGCACCGCAGCGUUACGAUAUGGACAAGGGAAGUAAGACGGAAAUUUUUAGAACACAUAGCUCAUGCAUGAUUGUCUUUCUUUUGAUGUCACAACAAAAUGAUUAUCUUGACUCACGAUUGGCAGAGUUAAGGGAAGGUAGAGGAGUUGUUUUGGUUUUAAAAAAAAUAUUGUGUAUAUUAUUCUGUUGCAUUUUUAAAUGCCUUUUUUAUAAUGAUGAAUAUAAAUAUAAUGUAUACUUUGAGACACAAUAAAUUAUUUUGAGACCUCAA